AUGGCACGUAUCGUACAGGAUUCAGAUGAAGAGCUCGACGACGAUCUUGAAAGCGACCUACCGCCACCCAAACAACCAGACGCGUCCGCGCAGCCACCCAGCAAUGAGACCCACGGCACUGGAUCCACUGGUAGGGUCGACAUCAUGGAACCGCAUUCCGAGCCAAAAGUACUGACAUGUAGUUCAGAAUCGCUGAAGAGAGCUAUCGAAAAGGCGCACCGAAAUCAUCUCCAAUCACAGCCCAGCCAGGAUGAGCCUCAGUCAUCAGUGUCAUUGCCUGAAUACCCAAGCAAAAAGAGAAAGACUGCUGUUGAUCCAAGCCCACUCAAGCCAUCUGACGAUGCAUCGGCCAAAAAGAGAGGCCCGAUCACCUAUGGCAAGGCUCCUAAAUCCAUCUUCGGUAGUUCUCCAACAUUCAAAGCUCCGCCCGAGGACCCGUCAGGCACAAACCUUGCACCUCCUUACGAAAUUGAUUGGCUUCCGGAAGGCACUAUGCGCGACAACUACGCCCACCACGAACCAGCCAUGUUCCCUGAGCCUUCUAGUACUGUCCCCAAUGCCACUAUGACCCAACAACACGUUUUGGAAGUUGUCAAUGCUCCGAUGAUGAUGGGCCAGGAAGUCGAAAGUGAAGGUCCCCGUUAUUUCCCUCCACCCGAACCAUCAAUACCAUGGUCAGACCUCAUGAAGUUCACACCUGCAGAAGCGGCUGACCAGACUGAAUCAUCCGAUCGUGACGCACCUCCGACUGAUGUUCCGUCGACCACGCCAACCCGGACGACACAGGGAGGCUAUGAGUACUCUGCAUCCCAACGAAGCAGGUGUGAAUCUUCUGUUCCUCCGAAAGACAGUCCUCUAAGGAAUGGGCUUCCUCGUCCUGAAGCCAAUGAGAUGGGCCGAAAGGCAGCGUCUGGUGAGGCCUACCCUACAACGACUCUGGUUUUACCUUCAACGGCAUCACCAGGGACCCAAGAAGGAGGUUAUGGGGAAGCUCAAAAGACACGUUGUCGUUCAAAGUCUCGACCAGUGCCUAUAGGUGGCUCUGAUGAUGAUCUUGCCGUUCUGGAGCUGCCCAAGGAGCAAUACAAGCCACGGCCCAGUCGCUCAAGAUCGCUGAAGGUUGAAGAAGAGCAACCCAUCGAUUACUCCGUCCGGCCCGAGAAGGCCAAGAAGGUUAGCAGACGGCGGCAGACAACGGCUGCAGUCGAUGCCAACAAGAUCACAACCCCCGAGAAGGUACGACAAAUCUGUGACAUGGGAUUUACACCUUCCACGACCUCUGGAGCCCUAGAGCGACACAACGGUGACGUCAUACAUGCUAUUGACUGGCUAGUCACUAACAAUGUUGGCCACGACGAGCUUGCACCACCAAGUCCAGCCAAAGUUAAGCCGGCCAUGAACAAAAGCAACGACAGCCCAGCAAUGGAUUCUGAGACUAUGCAAGAUAUCAUGCGCAACCUAAACGAGUAUCGCAGAGAUGAUACUCAGGUGUCUGAGCAGGAGGUUGUUCAUGUUGCGGUGGCAAACGAUACUACUAUGCAGUCAGACGCUGUGGAGGAUAUCACAAAACCUCUAGCGACAGAGCUGCGCUCCCCUACGAAAGUGCAGGUGGUAAUAUCUAAGAAGUCGCCAGUUGCCGUUUCUAAGCAGACCCCAAGCUCUGUCGCGGCCUCGAACAAGAAGGCAAAGCGCAGGAAAACCACGUUAGAUCAGCCUGAGAGCGAACCAAUUGAAGCAGAUGAUGCUGUGUCUGAGGCCGUGCCCGCGAAGAAGAAGGCGCGUGGUCGACCCAAGAAGACUGCGCCUGCUGUUCCGCCUAAGGACCCCAAUCCAGAACUAUUGGAACAAACCGCGGAGGUGAAGCAACAUGAAGAAGUUGCACAAAUCGUCGAGCCCGAGUCAAUUCCAGAAAAAGCAAAGCAAGACUCGAAACUCGCACCUGUGGAGACCAAACAGGCGCAAUCGUCAGAUAUCACGGUCUCAACGACUGCCAGUCAUUCCAAUCCACCAUCGAAAUCGUCCCCAGCCACGACGUCAGAGACCCCUGAACCAAAAACGAAACCUAUAACUGCAUCACCACUCAACACAGGGAAGGUGCCGUACCGCGUAGGACUGAGCAAACGGGCGAGGAUCGCUCCUCUAUUGCGCAUCGUGAAGAAAUGA